UUCGCCGCCGCGCCACUCUCGCAUACCUUCGCCGAAGGGAGAGGAUCUAGGUCUCCUUCUCGCCUGUUUCUCUCUCGAUCUCUCCCCCAGUGGCUCAAUGGCGUUCGAUCUCUAUGCCCUUGAUUCCCUUGGAAGCGACGAGAUCGACGAAAUCCUUAACAGCUGGGCCGGCUUCUGCGUAUGCACUGAUGCCAUUAUUAGAGGUAAUGGUGACCUCUCCGCCGGUUCCAAGCUCGCCCCUCUCGUCGCCUCGCUCUGCAAGCACGGCCUCCGCUCACUUGUUGAGGAUCAUUUCCUCCAAGCCCUAGAGGAGACAUUCAAGACAAAUGCUGUAUUGAUGUUUUGGCAGCAUUUUGAGGCAUUUCAUAGUUCCUCGACAUCAGAGAUGCCUAAUGUUCAUAUUAAAGAAGAUUGGCCUCAGACAGUAUUGAUCAAAGCAUUGGAAGAGAUAUGCUUAGAAAAAUGUUAUCAAGAAAAGUGUCUUUUGAUCCUGGUUCAUUCUUUUCAGUCAUAUGAGGAGAAUUUGUCAUUGGAAACAGGAGAUUUGAACCUUUGUGAAUCCAAUCUUAUGUGUAGAUACCAAUUGAUGGUAUCUGCAGUCCUUCUAGCAACACUUCCUUCAUAUUUUCCCGAGAUACUUCGAAUGUAUUUCAAGAAAAAGUUAGAAGAACUAAGUACUGUGAUAGCUGGAGUUAGUGAUGAUGUGUGUGAAAGUCAAAGUGAAAUGGAUAUAGAUGACAAUUAUUCUAAGAAAAAUAUAUCAAAGGACCACAAAUUGGUGAAAGAUAUUGGUAAGGUUGUUCGUGAUCUUAGAAGUCUUGGGUUUAUGUCUAUGAGUGAAGAUGCUUAUGCCUCAGCAAUCUUUGUGCUCUUGAAGAGUCAAGUGAAUGACUUAGCUGGUGAUGAGUACAGAAAUCCUGUUCUGGAAUCCAUUAAGGAGUGGAUUCAGGCUGUGCCUCUCCAGUUCUUACACGCUCUCCAAUUAUACUUGGGUGACUCAGUGGACUAUGAUAAUGGUUCAUCAGGUCUUAAAUCUCCUCUGGCUUCACCAGUGUCUUCUUUCCCAGGUGUCAACAUGCCUUCUGAAUUGCUUGUCAGAUGGAAGUUACGCCUUGAGUACUUUGCUUAUGAAACAUUGCAGGACUUGAGGAUAGGAAAACUAUUUGAAAUUAUUGUGGACUAUCCUGACAGCUCUCCUGCAAUUGAAGACUUAAAGCAAUGCCUUGAGUACACAGGGCAACAUUCCAAGCUUGUUGAUUCAUUUAUUUCUUCUUUGCGUUAUCGAUUGCUUACUGCUGGUGCCUCAACCAAUGACAUACUGCACCAAUACGUAUCUACUAUUAAGGCACUCAGAACCAUAGACCCAACUGGUGUAUUUCUUGAAACAGUUGGUGAGCCAAUACGGGAUUAUUUGAAGGGAAGGAAAGAUACUAUAAAAUGCAUAGUAACCAUGCUAACUGAUGGGAAUCCUAGUGGAUCUGGAAAUUCAGGUGAUAGUCUUCUUGAGGAGUUGAACAGGGAUGUGGAAAACCAAGAGGGUGCAGAUAAUGAUGAUAACAUCAACUCUGAUGAUAAACAAGCAUGGAUCAAUGCUGAAUGUUGGGAGCCUGAUCCGGCUGAGGUGGACCCAACAAAGGGUAGCAAUAAUAGGAGGAAGAUUGACAUACUUGCAAUGAUAGUCAGCUUAAUUGGUUCAAAAGAUCAGCUGGUGAAUGAGUACCGAGUUAUGUUAGCUGAGAAGCUCCUGAAUAAACUAGAUUAUGAUUUUGACUCUGAGAUACGGACCUUAGAGCUCCUGAAGAUACACUUUGGAGAGAGCAGCAUGCAAAAGUGUGAAAUUAUGCUCAAUGAUUUGAUUGAUUCAAAGAGGACUAAUGCUAAUAUUAAAGCAUCUAUACCGCAAACAUCCCAAACUGAGCAAGGAGAAAAUGAUGUGUCUUUGAACCUUCUUGAUGCCACCAUUAUAUCUACAAAUUUUUGGCCGCCAAUCCAGGCGGAGUCUCUUAACAUUCCCACUUCCAUUGACCAACUUCUUUCUGAUUAUGCAAAGAGGUUUCAUGAUAUCAAAACACCUCGCAAGCUGUUGUGGAAGAAAAAUCUUGGAGCAGUAAAGCUUGAACUCCAGUUUGAAGAUCAAAAUAUGCAGUUUACUGUGGCUCCAAUUCAUGCAGUAAUUAUAACAAAAUUUCAGGACCAGACAAGUUGGACUUCUAAGAAUCUUGCAGCAGCUAUUGGGAUACCAGUGGAAACGCUCAACAGAAGAAUAAGCUUUUGGGUUGGUAAGGGAAUCCUUGCAGAAUCUGUAGGAACUGCAAGUAAUGACCAUGUCUUUACUAUUGCUGAUGGCAUGAUAGAUGCAAACAGAAAUGGUAUAACUAAUGGUAACUCUGAAGAAUUAUCAAUGGCUGAUGAGGAAGGUGACAAUUCUGUGGCCUCUGUUGAGGAGCAAUUGCAGAAGGAAAUGACUAUAUAUGAGAAAUUCAUCAUCGGGAUGCUUACAAACUUUGGCAGCAUGGCACUAGAUCGGAUACAUAACACUUUGAAGAUGUUUUGUGUGGCUGAACCUGCUUAUGACAAAUCUCUCCAACAACUGCAGAGUUUUUUAUCUGGACUAGUAUCUGAAGAAAAGUUAGAGAUGAAGGAUGGUUUGUACUUUCUGAAGAAGUAAGCGUGGAGUGAAUUGUCCACCGGUAUUUCCAAAAACCAGCAAAAAUAAGAAAGGAAAAAGGGUAAAAGACGGGAUUAAUUUAUUUGCUAAUGGUGUGCGGAUAUCUGAACCGAACUUUUGUACAUGUUAGAGAGGAUGUGGGUGAGACAAAUAAGGUUGUGAAGAGUUCUUUAUUGCAAAUGUUAUCGACUUACCAUGAAGCCUACAGCUUAAGAAGCAGAAAAGAAGGAUGAUUUGAAGGUUUAAGACAAGAUUCUCUAUAAAAGCCCACUUGCUGCAAGCUCCGCCUCAGCUGUUAUGAGCAUUCGCUCAAAUGAUGAUGGAGAUGAUACUGAUGAGUUCGACAAAGCAACCAUCCCAACUCCAGAAAACAAUUUCU